UCUUAACCCCUUAGCCAGCCACCUUCACUCCACGCGUUUUGAACCAUCCAUCCCCUCUAUAAAUACUCCAUCUCCUUUUUUUCCUCUCAUAUUUCAAGUCAUCACUUAAACCCGAUUCACAUAACGCAUUUCCACUCGCAAUGGGAGAGAAAAAGAACGGAAACAAGCAAGGAGGAGGGGAUGGGAAAAAGAAGGAAAUGAGUUCUUCAACCUCUGUUUUCAAAUUUGAGUGUCUCUGUGAUGGUUGUGCUUCCAAAAUCCUCAAAUGCAUUAAUCAAUUUGAAGGGGUGGAGACGGUGAAACCAGAGAUGAGCUCAAACAAAGUGACGGUGAUAGGAACUGCGGAUCCCACUGCCAUUAAAGAGAAACUCGACAAGAAAACGAAGAAGAAAGUUGAGCUCAUUUCUUCUCAACCCAAGAAAGAUGAUAACAAAGAGGAAAAAAAAGAGAAAAAACCUGACCAACAGAAAAACCAGGAUUCUCAUAAUAAAUCAGACAAAAAACCCAAAGAGGCCCCGGUAACGACGGCGGAUUUGAAGGUGCAAUUGAAAUGCCAGUGUGAUGGAUGCUUUGAUAGGAUUAGCAAAAUUGUCUCUGAAACCAAAGGUGUCCAAGAGUUGAAAGUAGACAGGCAGAAGGAGAUGGUCACAGUUAAGGGGACUAUGGAUGUUAAGGCCUUGGCUGAGGCUUUGAAGGACAAGCUGAAGAAGCAUGUUGAGAUUGUAGCUCCUAAGAAAGAGAAGGAUGGCAACAAGGAGGGCGGCGACGGAGGGAAGAAGAACAACAAAGGUGGUGGUGAAGAUGGUGGGAACGAAGCUAAUGGUGGCAAGAUGGAAGGGAACCGAAUGGAGUUCAUGCUUCCACCCCAAUUUGGACACAUGCCUAGUUACAUUCCGGGUUAUCCCGGAUACGGGCACCCAGCUUACGCGUAUGGAAACCCGUAUCCGCACCCACACGGGCAUGGUUACCCCGGGUAUGUGCCAGGUUACCCGGUGUAUGUUAAUCCACCUCACCAGAUGUUUAACGAUGAGAACACCAAUGCUUGUGCUAUCAUGUAAGGAGGAAUGGGGUUUACGGUAUAGGUUUAGGUCAAGGAAAAUGGAAAAAAAAAGUGUAAAUAGGAAAUAGACAAGAAAGUUUACUUGGAGAAGAAAAUUUUCUUAUAUAUGUUGGAUUCCAGGGUUUUGAUCUUGUUAUUUGUUGUUAAAAAAGUUUUACUGUUGUCAUUUUUAAUAUAAUUAGUGUUCUUAAA